AUGGGCUACGAACCGACACUGGCCCCACGGGCGUAUGGCGACGCACAGGAUGGAGCCGUACAGAAGGGUUCCGUACGUGCAGCACGGGAGAGGAUGCAGACUGCCCAAAUGCGAUCACAAUUGCCAGACACUUCGAGAAUCAUAGGCCUUCCACAACGGCCCAACCAGCUCGUAUCCCGACCUGCGGUCAACCAGGAUGGCGAAGCACAGCCAAGGACUCCAACCGACCGCAUAGACGAUGGGAGCAUCAUCUCUCCUCCCCCGCAGUGGCCUCUCCCAGACGAAGCUAGCCCGACUAUUCCGCCUCGUUCACCCAACAGGUUGCGGUCCAUGCAGCCAAGUAUCCGACCUGUAUCAGAUGACUAUCCCAUUCAACAACUCUCCCCAGGGUCCCCACCGCUACCCUCUCCGGAUUAUCUCCAGCCGCCUUCAUUCAACUUCCGCAUAUCAGACAGGAGCGACGACAUGUACUCACCGUCGUCACGCCCCUUCUCUGGUGCGUCAGAAGCAUCAUCGCUCGGAUCGAUUCCAGACUUCCCCGUUCCUCAGCCGCCCGUGCCUACAGUCCAACCACUGUCUCGUCGUGUCCCAAGCUUGGGCCCGCCACCUUCAUCGCGAAGGGGUCCUUCGUCCUACUACACGCAGAUGUCCUAUGUAUCGCCCAUUGUCGAAGAGUCAGAGACGCGUUCAAACACAAUGAGAUCAGUUCGCGGCUCCUUCGCGUCUAGCAACGUCUUCCCUAGCAACAGCGAUGAGUUCUGUCCCAACGACUACCCACAGUCAGACGAUGAUGAGUCAACUAACAGCGAUCGCGGCACCAUGUCACCCGCCAGCGACCAUGACGACCAGAGCGGGCUCGUCAAACAACCAUCUGCACUUGUUCGACAAGCAAGUCUGGGAAGGAGGACAAAGCCGUCGCUCAUGACAAUCAAGUCCGUUGACAAUGUGGGGGACAAGAGAAACAGCAGCGGCAAGAGAGGAAUGGCAGGCGUUGGUGGUGGCGCAGUAGGGACGGGCGGCUUCUUUGCAGCACGUGAUGCGGCGCAAGAGUCGCCCCUUCGAAGCUCCAUCCUGAGCAGCGGCACGGGACUCAUCGAUCCAUCCUCUUCGUCUUCAGACUCGAUGAACACACGGAACACUCAAUCGACAUUCCCUAGCUACGCAGGCGCUGAAUCGCCCAUCUUUCCUUUACAUCCCGAGACUCGUUCAAACACCCUGGCUGACCGCGUGGGACUGAGGCGUCCGCCUAGACUCGACAUGGACACUGUGCGUGAUGCCGAGGCACGAGGCAGUCUCACAAGUCUUCCAGAUCUUAUAAGAAGAGCAACACGCUUAGCGGCAAACCUUGAUCGUGGAAAGACAGCCAGUCGACUAGGCCUGGACUUCUGGGAGGCCGGCGCGCCCGAACCAAAGAAGCUUCGAAGUUCUCGUUCUUUGACUGACAUGCUCGCUGCUUUCCCCCCGCCAGGCCAGGAGACACCCCAAAGGUCAGGUACGCCGGCUGACAAUGCCAUGGUGGAAUGGCCAUUCUCAGGAGGAGCAGCUACUCGCUCGGGCGGUGCGGACCAAGGAGAUGCUAAAGAGAAACCUGCCAAGAAACGGCGCAGGUGCUGCGGUAUGCCGCUUUGGACUUUUAUCACGCUAUUGGUUGUAUUGCUCUUCAUUGUAGCCGCAGCUGUGGUGAUUCCAAUCGUGCUUGUGGUGAUUCCCAAACAGAACAAGAGUACCGGUGCUGCUCAAGACAACCAAGGGAACAACAACGCUCCAAACGCGCCGGCUCCGACCUCAGGCUCCGGAAGCGGUUCAUCUUGUAAAAAUGGAGGCGUUUCCAUUCAGAACGCAGACCAGUCAAGUACCUGCGUAUGCAUCAACGGCUUCACCGGAAACACCUGCAACGACCAGGACCAGACGGGUUGCACCACUACCAGCAUCAUGGGCACCGACAAUGCUACUGUGGGCUCAGGAAUCCCUCGACUUGUCCAAAGCGCGACCAAGGACUUCAACAUUCCCCUUGAUGCGGCUCGCAUACUGUCGUUGUUCUCGAGCCUGUCACUCAGCUGUGCCGCCGAGAACGCUCUCAUCACCUUCAACGGCCUGGCCUCGCGCUCGGUGCCCUCCACUGACCAGUCUAUCAACCUUGGCAGCUCCCUUCUUACACGAACACUUCCCAUCCUGCACCCGCCCCACCCAAUACGCAAAGUUCAAGCGCGACAAGACGCGAUCCCCAUCUCGAGCAACACGACGGCCGUCGAUUUUGCUCGUGCAGGCGUUCUGUUCGCACUGCAACAGACCGGCAAGCUCGACACGGCGGCUACCGCACAAGAGAACAUCCAAGACUUCCUCACCAGCAACCGAAACGGUGACUCCAACACCAACGCCGUCGAUGUAGGCCCUUUCACCAUGGACCUGGUCAAACUCGCCAUACGAUUCGACAACGGGACCACCAUCAGCCCUUUGUCGUAG